AUGGCAUCAGAGAGAUCUUCAUAUCCAGUCAAGAUUGUUUUGAACAAGCAGAGGAGUAGCUCACAGUGGAGAGAAGGAGAGAUGACUGUUGAAGAGGACUCUCAACCCCAGGUGUGAUACAUCACCUUUUACAACAACAGAGACCUGACCUCUUGGAUCAAUUCUGUUCAUUUAUUAUCGAGAGUAUUUACCGCUUUUGUGUGAUUCAUGAGUAUGAAAAGCAUUAGACAUGGUGUGUCCAGAGUAAUAACCUCAGUCCCCUGUUACAGCCUACAGAUGUGGAGCAGAGAGUGGAGACUGAACCCAUACUGAUCAAAGAUGAGGAGACAGCAGAAGACGUGUGGAAGACUGACCAUCAGGAAGAGCUCAGGGUCACUGGAGAGGGUGGGUGAAACCAUAAGGGGUACUGCUCUGUCUGUCUAUGGAAGACUGUGUGGGUGUGGUGGUAUGCACGUUCCAAAUUGCUACAUUGGUGUUGGGUGUUUUAUGUUCUGGCAUAUGGAGCACACGUACACACACAGUCAGUUCUAAAGCAGUCAUGUUUUCCAACUGUUAAGGGUCUUUUGUAAUGUUUAUUUUAUGUUUAUCCCCAAAUCUUUAGAGUCUGGUUCCAAGCCUGGGAAACCACCAUCUUUUGAGCAACGGCACUGUAAUGAAGACUUCAUCACACAACCCAACAUAUCUCUCGAAGACUCAGUGGAACAUUACCCCAAUUCUGAUCAUCCAGAGGAACCAGGCACACCCCGGCUCGCGUCUACAGAGGUGUUCAGCACAGAGCAGCACCAGCCAGACAAGGACUCACUAGAGCUAGUGAUGGUGAAGGAUGAGAAAGAGGAGGAGCUGGAUCAGACCACGGCCCUGGCAGGACCUGACCAGUUUGUUAUGGAUGAGACUGAUGGGCAGCUGUGGACCUCUGUGGAUCCAGGCAGAGACGCUGACCCUGAUGGCCACCCAGAUUUCUCCUUUCAUUCCACAGAAGAGUACUCUCAGAAUAUCUCAAUUUUCCCAUCUCAUAGUGGGCUGCCAUCCGUUCCUAAUAUGACAGAUGAUGUAGGGCCAUCGCUUCACUCUUCUAUAUGGAAACCACAUGCUAACAUGUUCAGUGCAGGAUCACACAUGAAAAGACAUGUCAGGACAUUGGCUGAUGAGACUAGACAACAGAUGUCAGAUGGAGAGAGCAGCGAGAGGCUGAACUUAAAUAAUGAAGGAAAUAGUUUAGCUCUACAGCCAAUGCAGCAUCAAUACAGGGCUUCAGAAUCAACAGUGAGAAUGAGUGAAUGCAUGACAGGGUCAAACAUGGCCACCACCUCCACCUUCUCUGGAUACAGCCUGAGUCGCAGUAGUUUUAACAUGGUGAAGAGAAUGAGGACUCAGUGGAGGUCGGGCGGCACCACCGAGAGGCGUUUCAGCUGCACCUUCUGUGGGAAGAGCUUCCAGCGUUUCAGCGAGCUCAAAGUACACCUCCGGAGUCACACCGGAGAGAAACCGUACACCUGCGAACAGUGUGGCAGGAGUUUCACCCAGCAGUGCAACCUGAUCAGACAUGCUCUGGUCCACACCGGGGAGAAGCCCUAUGAGUGCACACAGUGUGGGAAAUGCUUCACCCAGCGCUCCAAAAUGAAGUCACAUCAGAGAACUCACAUAGGAGAGAGUCCAGUGACUCAAUAUGUGGUACCUACAUACCCUGGGGAUCCACACACAAGUGUAAUGUUGUCUCAGAACAGAUGGAACAAAUAGUUCAUAAUUACAUAGUUUUUUUCUAUAACACUUUCUAUGUGAAAAUGUGGUACAGAAGGUAUUUUAAGACAUUUUGACCAGCUUUUUCAUCCAAUUGAUUUGUGAAAUGGUUUUCAUGUUUGACUGUUGACUGCUACUCGUUUUCAUUGGUGGUCCUCUGUAGCUCAACUGGUAGAGCACGGCGCUUGUAACGCCAAGGUAGUGGGUUCGAUCCCCGGGACCACCCAUACACAAAAAUGUAUGCACGCAUGACUGUAAGUCGCUUUGGAUAAAAGCGUCUGCUAAAUGGCACAUUAUUAUUAUUAUUAUUAUUAUUAUUAUAAGAACUUAUUUACAACUGGUAACAUUGUGUAUUUGUACCACAAAAUCAUCAAACAUGUUAUAUUCAAUAAAAUUGAGUUCAUGAAAGAGUCAAUCUGCGCUUUUAGAUCAAUAAUAUAUAGGAUCCAUUUAGUAUGUGUUGUCUAGUUAGUGUUUGACUAUCUGUGAUGUCACUUCUUGCCACAAGGGACAGUCAUAUCAGGUCAGGUUGAUAACUCAAUUCAACUUGAUUUUCAGAGUUCGAUUUUGAAGUUACUCUGCUGCUAUAAAAUGUUAAGUUACUGUAUGUCAUCUCAAAACUAGACAAUCAAAUAUUGUUUGUGUAAUAGGCUAUACAUGUUCAUACAACUUUACAUUUUACAUCUGGAAACUACACUUUUACUGUGUACAUUGUCUAAACUGACACCACUGGGACUGUAAAUCUGGUCAAGGAUCAUUAGAUACUGUAGAUGGCUAAAUAGAUAAGAGAAAUAGAUUAUGAUUGGUCGUUUCUAUGAUUUACUGGUUCAUUGAUUUGUCAAUCAACGGAGGCGGAGAUGAUGAGGGAGAUAUACAGAAAGAGAAACGCAAGAGAGAAAGAGAGAGUAGGAAGUCAACAGGGUAAGUUUAGGUGUUUCUUGCAUUACCGCUUGCUGCUGCUUGGUGUUCAGAGUGAAGGUAGGAACAGUCUUAACUCUAUCUUAUUUUUUGUUUUUACCUUAGUCACUCCAAAACUUGAGAGGAAUAACAGUGACAGUGUGUUAGGGGUGGGAUGGUAGGGGUCAGGGGGAUGAAGAGGUGGAGUCAGGCUCAGGCGUCAUGUUCUACGACGGGCCUGCAGUCACAACGACGUACAAUUCAAUUGACUUCCGCUGCAGUGAGAGGGCCACAAUGGCUGCGAGAGGCAGGGAGGAGAAGGCCUUUAUCGGUCACAGAGAACAGCCAGAGCUGUGGUUAGGGGUGUCAGGGUGUCCAUCAGCAUAAUCAUACACAUUGUGAUACAUAUUGUGAAUCAUAUGUAAACAAGUUGUUAUAUGAAUAAUUUAUUAACUGCACUGUUAUUCUGUGUCCUGUCUCCAGAGUUGGUAGUGUGUGGAGAUUCCAAGGGAAACGUGGUUCAAGCAGUCACCGAACGUCAACUCCUGGAGCAGCAGGAAACCUGUAAGAUCUCUCCCUUUUCCUCCCACUGUUUCAUGUAUCAGGUACGCGGUGAGUGGAAUGGAGUAUUAUAGUUUUGUGGUGACAUCACGUUCCCUGCAUACCUUCAAAAUGAUUUGGCAAUCAUAUUUUUUGGGAAAACACAGUUUCGACCAUAAAGAUUAUGUUUGACUAAAGAAAAAUGCGCCCCGUCGAACCGAUUUAAAAUGUUGUAGAUCUUUAGAAAAUGUCUCUUAUAUCUGCCGUUUCCAUUACACAUGUCGCAAUUUUUUUUUUGUUGCAACAUUGCUUUUGUCUAAUAAACCUGGGUCAAUGGAAACCUAUUGUAUACAGACACACAUGCAAUCAUAAUUCACUUACUCUCACAAAGCUACAGGUAACUGCCAAAAUAAUGGAAACACGUCAGUAAAUGAGGGACACAAAGUAUAUUGAAAGCAGUUGCUUCCACACAGGUGUGGUUCCUGUGUUAAUUAAGCAAUAAACAGUCCUCUGUAGCUCAGCUGGUAGAGCACGGCGCUUGUAACGCCAGGGUAGUGGGUUCGAUCCCCGGGACCACCCAUACACAAAAAUGUAUGCACGCAUGACUGUAAGUCGCUUUGGAUAAAAGCGUCUGCUAAGUGGCAUAUUAUUAUUAUUUAUCAUGCUUAGGGUCAUGUAUACAAAUGCUGGGCAGGACAUUAUUUUGGCUACCAUGGCUAUGCCCCCAUAGGAUGACAAUGACCCCAUCCACAGGGCACGAGUGGCCACUGAAUGGUUUGAUGAGCAUGAAAACUAUGUAAACCAUAUGCCAUGGUCAGUCACCAGAUCAGUCACCAGAUCUCAACCCAAUUAUGGGAGAUUCUGGAGCAGCGCCUGAGGCAGUGUUUUCCACCACCAUCAACAAAACAACAAUUGAUGGAAUUUCUCUUGGACGAAUGGUGUCACAUCCUUCCAAUAGAGUUCCAGACUGCAGAAUCUAUGCCAAGGUGCAUUGAAGCUGUUCUAGCUCGUGGUGGCUCAACGCCCUAUUAAGACACUUUAUAUAGUUUUUUCCUUUAUUUUGGCAGUUACCUGUAUAUCAGUACUACUGUACUGUUAUGCAUAUUCUCUCAUGCAGCUCAAUCAACACUACUUGCUAUCUUCUUCUACACACUAUCUGAUAUGCAUACUCUUUAUAUCUAAUACCUCUACUUAUAUAUGUACAUGCCUUUAAAAACCUAAGAGACUAACCUCUAAAUGUAAAUCAGCUAUAAUGCAUGUAGUAUGCAAAAGUUACUUGAAAUAUAUAAUGAAAUUAAGUUUAUUUGAAGUUUACAUGAAACUAGUUUAGCGGCUUUGUUCCCCAGCUGUGUGUCAAAUAAGUUAUAUCCCCUUUCUAUCUUUUAAUAAACACCAUACCACAUUUCCAGAAUGGUUUCAUUAGGCUGUGGAGAUGACAAUAUUUGAUAAUAUGUUUAACAAUAUUUCCUGACACCUGUGUUCAAUCAUUCAUGAAUGCAUCAUUAGACUCAUAAGGAACCAUUACUUUAAAAAAUGGUUGAAGAAAUUGUUUUUGUAUUUUACCACAGUGUGUUGUGCAUUAUCAAUGCAUAUAGCCUUUUAUGCAUUUAUAACCAUAUGAGCCACUGCACUACACUCUCCCCUGCAUGUAGCCAUAUAUAUUUACUUAAAACAGAUGACGUUUUACUAUCCAAAGUUUUAAGGUCUUCUCUUUUUAGUCAAUAGAUAUGGCGGGGUUCUGACUAGAGGGAGUACAGCUACGACCGGAAGUUACUUUUCCGUAGCAGGUUAGGAGAACUUACACAGCAGGUUAGGAUAAUUAACGUGGCAGGUUAAGAGACUUAGGUUAAGGUUAGGAAAAGGGUUAGGGUUAGCUAAAAUGCUCCCCUAACCUGCUACGAAAGUCACUUCCUGUCGUACAUCUUGUCACAACCGUUUGCAAGAUGACAAACAACAUAAAAGGAAUAAUGCCGCCAUCUUGUGGCCGGUUGGCCUAGAAAACACCCUGGUAUUUGCCUUGCCAGUGCUAAACUCUACCAAAUUUGAAGGGCUGUUGCAGUCUCAUAUUUACGGUAAUAAAUACUUACCUCACCAGUUGAACAGAAGUGGCAUUAAGAGGAUGAGUGGGGUCAGACGAGAUUGGGAUCUCCCUGUGCUGAAAAGUGGGGAGACUGUUGCAGUGAGAGAUAUGGAGAAGGCCGAAAUGUUAGCUCAGGCAUUUGUGAAGGUACACAGCUCAAAUAAUCUGACAGAAGAGGGGCAGCGGAGAACAUCCAGGGGUCCUGGAUCAGAGAGAAGUGGUGGAGAAUGCAUUGAAUGCUCCUUUUACGUUGGCUGAGAUGAAGAUAGUGAUAGCUAAAGCUGGGGUAACAUCUCCUGGGAAGGAUGAGAUGUUUUACAUCAUGAUGGCUCAUCUCAGUGACACUGCAAUGGGGAAAGUAUUGGGCCUUUACAAUAAGGUGAGGCAGGAAGGGAAACUGCCUAACAGUUCAAAGCAGGCUGUAGUGGUGCCGAUAAACCAGGGAAAGAAAGACCCUACUAGUCUAAACUAUAGGCCGAUAACGUUGGCAUUUCAUGCAUGUAAACUUUUUAUUUUGUUUUUAUUUAUUAUUAUUAUUUAUUUAUUUUUGUCAUUUAGCAGACGCUCUUAUCCAGAGCGAUCUUACAGGAGCAAUUAGGGUUAAGUGCCUUGCUCAAGGGCACAUCGACAGAUUUUUAACCUAGUCGGCUCAGGGAUUAGAACCAGCGACCUUUCGGUUACUGGCACCACGCUCUUAACCACUAAGCUACCUGCCGCCCCAAUGGAAAGGAUGAUAACGGAAAGGCUGACAUACUUUCUGGAGAGCAGAGGCCUAAUGUCACCAGAUCAAAGUGGGUUCAGGAAAGGCAGGGGAACGAUGGAUCCUGUACUGUGCCUAGAGUCAGUCAUACAGAAGGCACAGGCAAAUAAAGAGAUGGUGGGAGCUGUUUUCUUUGAUGUAGAGAAGGCCUAUAAUGUGGAAGGAAGUACUACUCAUCAAACUGGAUAUCAUGGGUUUGGAGGAAGGGUUUUUAACUGGAUAAAGGAUUUUCUUUUUGGGGCGAUCAAUACAAGUGAGGGUGGGGAUUUCUAUGUCAGAAAGUUAUGACGUAGAUAAUGGUACCGCCCCAGGGAAGUGUCAUUAGUCCUUUUGUUGUUCUCCAUUAUGAUUGACGAUUCUCCCAGGUGAGACCAGAUAUUAGGAGGUCAUUGUUUGCGGAUGCUGGGGAAGAGAGGGAGAAAUAUUCCCCAUACAUACAGCUGGGAGUGUUCAAGAAGCGAAUUUGAACAAUCCCUCAGAUGGGCUUCAAGUUCUCAGUUGAGAAAACAUACUUUUUUUUACUGCCUGAAGCUGUACGAAAAGGAAUCUUGAGAGGGUGGGAGUUUAGGUUCCUGGGGGUCUGGUUUGACACUCGAAUAACAUGGGCGGAGCAUAUUAAAAGAGUCGUUGUCAAAGAAAAUAUUGAAUGUGAUUCGUUGCCUGUCAGGAAUAGAGUGGGUGGCAGAUAGAAUGGCAUUGAAAAUGCCCUAUACACUGACUCUACAAAACAUUAGGAAAACCAAAGCUCUUUCCAUGGCAGACUGACCAGGUGAAGCCAGGUGAAAACUAUAAACCCUUAUUGAUGGCACUUGUUAAAUCCACUUUAAUCAGUGUAGCUGAAGGGGAGGAGACCGGUUAAAGAAGGAUUUUUAAGCCUUGAGACAAUUGAGACAUGGAUUGUGUAUGUGGGCCAUUCAGAGGCUGAAUGGGCAAGACAAAAUAUUUAAGUGCCUUUGUACAGGGUAUGGUAGUAGGUGCCAGGCGCACUGGUUUGAGUGUGUCAAGAACUGCAACGCUGCUGGGUUUUUUACGCUCAACAGUUUCCCUUGUGUAUCAAGAAUGGUCCACCACCCAAAGGACAUCUAGCCAACUUGACACAACUGUGGGAAGCAUUGGAGUCAACAUGGGCCAGCAUCCCUGUGGAACGCUUUCAACACCUUAUAGAGUACAUGCCCCGACGAAUUGAAGCUGUUCUGAGGGCAAAAGGGGGUGCAACUCAAUAUUAGGAAGGUGUUCCUAAUGUUUUGUACACUCAGUGUAUAGCGCUGUCAAGGUCAUCACUGGACAAUGGAAGUGUAGCAUAUGGAUCAGCAGCUCAAACAUCUUUGGAAAAGGUAGAUGUAAUCCAGGCUCAUGCCUAAGAAUAUGUUGUGGAACAAUCAGGACCUCCCUGGUGGCAGCUCUGCAGGUAGAGUGAGGAGACAUGCCGUUAAAGUUAAGACAACAGCUAGCCAUGACAUAUUGGGUAAAUCUACAAGGACUUAAGGUUACACAUCCUACAAAAAAAGGUGCUCCUAGAGUGCUGGGAACAUGAACGAAAUCUGAAUAAAAGUUUGGGGUGGAUCGGUAUGUAAUGGCAUGGUGAGAGAGAGCCCCUCAGUGGUUCUUCCUGCUAUCCCACCUUGGUUGCUUCCUCAGCCAAUAAUAGGCCUAGGGUUGCUUUAGAGGGUAAGAGCUGGAGUAGAGGAAGGAGUAUUGUAUGAGAUUUUACAGUGCUUGUAUAGUGUGAGAUAGAUGGGGGUAGUUGGAUGUUCCACUGGGAACAAGCACAUGUGGGAGUAGAGGGGAAUGAGGAGGUGGAUGUUCUCGCCAAGCAGGCACUCAAACAUCAUAAUGUUGAAAUGUAAUUGUCAAUCAGUAAAGCAGAAGCCAAGUGGUUGAUAGGAACAGUGGUUAAAAACAAAUGGCAAGAGUUGUGGAACAGGGAGGGAAAGGGAAGAUCUGAAUAAGAUCAAGGAGAAGGUGGGGGCAGGGAGGUCAUCAGGUCGAGCGAGAAGGGAGGAAAGUGUAAUCACAAGGUUGAGAAUGGGACACACAAGGCUCAACAGUUUCUGUAUAGCACUUUGUAACAUCUGCUGAUGUAAAAACGGCUUUAUAAAUAAAAUGUGAUUGAUUGAUUGAUUUAAACCGUAAGGAAAACUUCAGACUGGGAGGUGUGAUCACUGUCAGGAGGAGAUGUAGACAGCGGAACGCAUUCAAUUUCAGUGGCAGCAAUAUGGGAGGGAAAGGGAGAGAUUGUAAUUAGAUCUAAGGAGUAAUGGUGUUGAAGAGUUUUUUUCCUGUAGAUUUUCGCUCCAACCCCAGUUGUAACUGACCUGAUUCAGCUUAUCAACCAGCUAAUUAUUAGAAUUAGGUGCGCUAGAUUAGGGUUGGAGUGAAAACCUACAGGACGGUAGCUCUCCAGGAACAGGAUUGGGGAGCCCUGAUUUAGACCUUCCCUGUCUCUGUUCCACCCUCCAGUCAUUUGGUGGUGGUAAUGCGCCUUAAAGUUGGUUGCCAACCUCCAUAUAAAAUCCACAGAAGAAGAAGAUGAACGGAGUGAGCCGUGCGCCUGACAGAGUUCAGGAGGUAAAAUGGAAGUGAAUGAGGGUUAGUUAAGUGAGGUGGAAGGUGUGGUGAAAAGCUCGGGAACCCGAGCCUGGCAUCGAUGGACAUGAUAAAGAAGAAUCUGGUCCAGUAGAAGAGACAUUUGAGAAAGUGGAUCCUUCCCUUUUGGCGGAUCCAUUUGUGGUUUCAGGGUGGGUGGGAAAGGAGUUGGGUGCAGUUGAAUCAGUGAAGGUAACCUGUAGUGGACUUGUGAUAUUUGUUUGUGUUGCGGGCGCUCCAUGUCACACAACUUGGGUCAAGAUCUGUUUCUUGCUUUGCUCUAUUUCUUGCUUUGCUCUUAUUGAAAGGAGUGAUUUCUGGGGUAACUUUAAAUGUGAAGGUGGAGCAAUUGAAGUUGAAGAUUCCUGGUGUUUGUGAUGCCUGCCAUUCGGUGCGACGCAGACCCGGUGGUGCGUAUGGUGAAACAGAGGAGUCACUGUCAGUCCUUUGGAGUUUUGAGUCAGUCUUUACCCGACAAAGGAUAUAGGAUAUAUCAGUUAUCCUGUUAGAGCUUUUGUGCAAAAUCCACUGCGCUUUUUCAGGUGCAACGUUUAUGGUCAUGUCGCAGCAGUUUGUAAGAGGGAGAUUCUAAGAUGUGGGAAGUGUACAGGAGGGCAUUGGAUAGAGGAUUGUGUAGUUUCGGUGGAUAUAGUUGUGUGUGUCAACUUGUAGGGGUGCCCAUGGUACUGGGGAUCGGAAGUGUGCGGUGCGAGAGAGGCAGGUUGAGGUUGCUAGAGUCAGAGUAGUGCAUUAGGUGUCGUAUGCGGAGACGGUGAAGUAAGUAGAGGAGGAUGGGUCAAGGGAGAGGGAUCCUGAGAGGAUCCCUGAGAAUAGUAGAUAUAUGUACUCAGUUGUCAUACUUGAGUAAAAGUAAAGAUAUCUUAAUAGAAAAUGACUCAAGUAAAAGUGAAAGUCACCCAGUAAAAUACUACUUGAGUAAAAGUCUAAAAGUAUUUGGUUUUAAAUAUCAAAGUAUCAAAAGUACAUGGAAUUGCUAAAUAUCAAAAAAAUCAUUUCAACUUCCUUAUAUUAAGCAAACCAGAAGGCACAAUUGUUUUAUUUUGUUUUAUUGACGAAUAGCCAGGGCACUCUCCAACACUCAGACAUAAUUUACAAACGAAGCAUUUGUGUUUAGUGAGUCCGCCAGAUCAGAGGCAGUAGGGAUGACCAGGGAUGUUCUCUUGAUAAGUGUGUGAAUUGGACCAUUUUCCUGUCAAAAUGUAAUGAGUACUUUUGGGUGUCAGGGAAUAUGUAUGGAGUAAAAAGUACAUUAUUUUCUGUAGGAAUGUAGUGAAGUAAAAGUAAAAGUAGCCAAAAAUAUAAAUAGUAAAGUGCAGAUACACAAACAAACGACUUAAGUAGUACUUUAAAGUAUUUUUACUGAAUUACUUUACACCACUAAUGCCAGCACAGAAGGAUAGGCCAAUGAGUGAUAUAUCCUUCAGUAAGGUUGGCUUCUUAGCGUUCAUAGCAAUGGCUAUCAACUGUACAGCAUAAAUGGAACGUAAAGCUGCAGAGAAGUGUUUGGGUUUAUGAGAUUUGACUUUGGAAGACUUACAGGGUGUGUUGAGUGGUGGUGUCCCAUCCUCCCAGGCCGCUGGCAUGGUGCAGGAGCAGAUAGGGUCAAAAUAGUGGAAUAGGGUAGUGGGUUUUUAUUGAGUGUAGGAUUAGUUGGAUGGGUGUUUAAAAAGAAUAUAUCAUUGGUUUUGUUUAGUUUAGUUUUUUUCCUUUUCCCCUUUUCACAUUUUGUAUCACAAAGUAUAAUAGAUGUAUAUUGUAGUCCAGUUGGGGGCGGUAAUGCAAUUUAUUGGAUGCCAACCGCGGUUAAACGCCGAAGAUAAUGAUGAUGAUGAUGAUGAAGAAGAAGAACGGAAGCGCGAUUGCGCACGCAUCUCCGACUUGAAACAUGGUUGGCAUUUAUCAACAUCGUUUGCCUAAAUCGAUCUCUUACAAAUGCCAAAUUGGGCCAAUAUCAACGUUUGCCAUAGUGUGAGAACUUGAAAUAAACGGAUUAUUUAUUGCACAUUGGCUAGCUAGAAAAUUGUAACAUUUACUUAAUCACACCGAAUAAAUACUGGGCUGGACAAGAUGGCCAGCUGCAAUUUUCAGGAGCAGUUUGUAUCCAUAAUGGAGGUAUUAGCUAAAGCAGCUGUAGCAGAAAUAAACAACCGUGUAGAUGAUAGCUGUGCAGUUAUACGUUUGGAAAUUACCCAAAGCCAGCGAGAUAUUGAUGUACUGAAAAGGAAGUGUCAAAUGAUGGAGAGCGAGCUGAAGAAGACGCGCAGACGAAAGGGUAGUUGAUGUGUUAUUAUUCAUGAAAAAUUGAUUGCAUAUGCAAAACCCAAAUGUGUGAAUAGCCCUAAUAUUUGACUAAAAACAAUUAUUUUCCAGGUUUUUACCCCAUGGCAUCAGAGAGAACUUCAUAUCCAGUCAAGAUUGUUUCGAACAAGCAGAGGAGUACCUCACAGUGGAGAGACAGAGAGAUGGCUGUUGAAGGGGACUCUCAACCCCAGGUGUGAUACAUCACCUUUUACAAUUACAGAGACCUGACCUCUUGGAUCAAUUCUGUUAUUGAAAUAUCAGGAGAAUUUACCGCUUUUGUGUGAUUCAUGAGUAUGAAAAGAGUUAGAUAUGGUUUGUGUCCAGAGUAAUAACCUCAGUCUCCUGUUACAGCCUACAGAUGUGGAGCAGAGAGUGGAGACUGAACCCAUACUGAUCAAAGAUGAGGAGACAGCAGAGGACGUGUGGAAGACUGACCCUCAGGAAGAGCUCAGGGUCACUGGAGAGGGUGGGUGCGACCAUAAGGGGUACUGCUCUGUCUGUCUAUGGAAGACUGUGGGGGGUGGGGUGUGGUGGUAUGCACGUUCCAAAUUGCUACAUUGGUGUUGGGUGUUUUAUGUUCUGGCAUAUGGAGCACACGUACACACACAGUCAGUUCUAAAGCAGUCAUGUUUUCCAACUGUUAAGGGUCUUUUGUAAUGUUUAUUUUAUGUUUAUCCCCAAAUCUUUAGAGUCUGGUUCCAAGCCUGGGAAACCACCAUCUUUUGAGCAACGGCACUGUGAUGAGGACUUUAUCACACAACCCAACAUAUCUCCUGAAGACUCAGUGGAACAUUACCCCAAUUCUGAUCGUUCCAGAGGAACCAGGCACUCCCCGCCUCAUGUCUACAGAGGUGUUCAGCACAAAGCAGCACCGGCCAGCCGAGGACAAAGACUCACUAGACCUAGUGAUGGUGAAGGAUGAGAAAGAGGAGGAGCUAGAUCAGACCACAGCCCUGGCACGACCUGACCAGUUUGUUAUGGAUGAGACUGAUGGGCAGCUGUGGACCUCUGUGGAUCCAGGCAGAGACGCUGACCCUGAUGGCCACCCAGAUUUCUCCUUUCAUGCAACAGAAGAGUACUCUCAGAAUAUCUCAAUUUUCCCAUCUCAUAGUGGACUGCCAUCCGUUCCUACUAUGACAAAUGAUGUAGGGCCAUCGCUUCACUCUUCUAUAUGGAAACCACAUGCUAACAUGUUCAGUGUAGCAAAACACAUGACAAGACAUGUCAGGACAUUGGCUGAUGAGACUAGACAACAGAUGCCAGAGGGAGAGAGCAGUGAGAGGCUGAACUCAAAUAAUGAAGGAAAUAGUUCAGCUCUACAGCCAAGGCAGCAUCAAUACGGGGCUUCAGAAUCAACAGUGAGAAUGAGUGAGUGCAUGACAGGGUCAAACAUUGCCACCACCUCCACCUUCUCUGGAUACAGCCUGAGUCGCAGUAGUUUUAACAUGGUGAAGAGAAUGAGGACUCAGUGGAGGUCGGGCGGCCCCACCGAGAGGCGUUUCAGCUGCACCUUCUGUGGGAAGAGCUUCCCACGUUUCUGGCAGCUCAAAGAACACCUCCGGAGUCACACCGGAGAGAAACCGUACACCUGCGAACAGUGUGGGAGGAGUUUCACCAAGCAGUGCAACCUGAUCAGACAUGCUGUGGUCCACAGCGGGGAGAAGCCCUAUGAGUGCACACAGUGUGGGAAAUGCUUCACCCAGCGCUCCAGCAUGAAGUCACAUCAGAGAACUCACAUAGGAGAGAGUCCAGUGUCUCAAUACGUAGCACCCACAUACCCUGGGGAUCCACACACAAGUUUAAUGUUAUCUCAGACCAGAUGGAACAAAUAGGAACAUAAUUGCAUUCUUUUUCGGCAACACUUUCAAUGUGAAAAGUAGCUCAAUCAACACUACUCGCUAUCUUCUUCUACACUCCCCUGUGUAUUUAUUUGGACAGUGAAGCUAAAACUUUUAAUUUGGCUCUAUACUCUAGGAUUUUGGAUUUGAGAUCAAAUGUUUUAUAUGAGGCGACAGUGCAGAAUGUCAUCUUUUAUUUGAGUGUUUUAAUACAUCUGUUUUACCGUUUAGAAAUGAAAGCACUGUAUGUAUCUAGUUCCCGCAUUUGAAGGUGUCAUAAGUAUUUAGACAAUUUCACUUAUAGUGUAUAGAAAUGUCAAACAUUUAGUAUUUGGCCCCAUAUUCUUAGCACGCAAUGACUACAUCAAGCUUGUGACUCUACAAACUUGUUGGAUGCAUUUGCAGUUAGUUUUGGUUGUGUUCUGGAUUAUGUUGUGUCAUUUUGGAGUCACUUAUUGUAAAUAAGAAUAUAAUUUGUUUCUGAACCCUUCUACAUUGUGAACAAUACCAUGACUACGGAUAAUCAUUCAUUCAUCUUGAAUAAUGAUGAGUGAGAAAGUUACAGAAAGAUAAAUAUCAUGCCCCCCCAAAAUGCUAACCUCCCAUGUUAUUGGUAAUGGUGAGAGGUUAGCAUGUUUUGGGGGCAUGAUCUUUGUGCAUCUGUCACUUUCUCACUCAUCAUUAUUCACUAAUUCAUUCAUGAUUAUCUGUAAUCAUGGUAGCAUCCACAUUAAUGUAGAAGUGUUCAUAUUCUAUUCUUAUUUACAAUAAAAGUGACUCCCAAAAUGACACACUACAGUAUUUACCAUUCAUUUCUAUUGGGCACAACAUUAUACGUUACACAACUAAAACAAACUACAAAUGCAUCCAGCAAGUUUGUAGAGUCACGAGCUUGAUGUAGUCAUUGCAUGCUAGGAAUAUGGGACCAAAUACUACACUUUUGACUACAUUUAAUACACUAAGUGAAUUUGCCCAAAUACUUAUGACACCUUCAAAUGGGGGGAGUAUAUACAUGAAGUGCAUUCAUUUCUAAACAGUAAAACAGGUAUGUAUAAAAAUACCCUCAAAGUAAAGAGUGACAUUCAGUACUGUCGCCUCAUAUAAAACAUUUGAUCUCAAAUCCAAAAUACUGGAGUAUAGAGCCAAAUUAAAAAAUGUCACUUCACUGUCCAAAUAAAUACGUAGGGGAGUGUAUGUGCCUUAAAAACCUUGAGAAGAACCUCAAUGUAAAUUAGCUAUAACACAUGUAGUAUACAAUAGUUAUUGGAAAUAUAUAAUGAAAUGAAGUUUAUUUGAAGUUAACAUGAAACUAGCUUAUCGUCCUUGUUCCCAGCUGUGUGUCAGACAAGUUAUAUCCCUUUUCCUUUAAUAAAUAGCAAUCUACAUUUUCAGAAUGGUUUCAUUAGGUUGAUCAUAUAUAAACCAUUAGUUUUUAUGAAUGGUUGAAGAAAGUGUUUUAGUAUUUGACGUUUUACCACAGUGUGUCAUGCAUUAUGCAUCUAUAGCAUUGUAAUGCAUUAAUAACCAUCUGAGCCUUUUCCCCUACAUGUAGCCAAAGCUAUUGAAAAAAACAUGACGUUUUACGAUCUAAAUUCUUUUAGAUCGUAAAACAUCUUCUUUCUUUAAUCAAUAGAUAUGGCUACUCUACAUGUAGCUCUCCGUAGGGUUUUCAGCGGUUAGCUUCGCCCGCGACUGGCUCCUUGUGAACUACAAUCCCGACGCUGUGUUAUAAUGUUUAGAAACGUCAAUAAUCAUCACAUGCUAAAUGGUUUUCAAAACAUAUGGACCUUAUCUUUAAUAUCAGCAGAAUUAAUCUUUCAAAUAAAAAACAUACACAUACUGUAGCAGAUUAUACAGAUCCAUAUACUAUGUGUGCCUCCAGCCGACGAACUACACUUCCGCUACACUUCCUCCCCAGUUACGUUUACACCAAGGUGUUCGGAGCGCGAUAGGUGGCUAAUUAGCACAAGUGGUCACCUCUGUUUUCAGUCUGUCUUCAGUCUGUCAAGCGCUGUAACAUGGAGAUAUGGCCGUGUAGAAACACUAACCCUAACACUAUAGGUGUGUUGUAAUUUAACCUUUUUUUUUUUUGAGAAAAAAAUCUCUGAUAUGGUAGAUACGUUCCUUAUGUUUCCAAAACCGCACUGCAAGCGGUGUGUUAACGUUCAGAACGAGUGUCGGGGGGCUUAACAAAAGUCCCCCAGGAAGAGGAUACUAUUGUCAAUAGGCGCUAAAGGUAGUUAGUUAGCUCUAUGAAUGGGCUACCCUACAGGCAGACUAGAAUAGACCUGGUAUAUAUACUGAACAAAAAUAUGAACACAACAUGUAAAGUGUUAGUCCCAUGUUUCAUGAGCUGAAAUAAAAGAUCCCAGAAAUGUUCCAAACGCACAAAAAGCUUAUUUUCUCAUUUUGUGCACAAAUUUGUUUACAUCCCUGUUAGUGACCAUUUCUCCUUUGCCAAGAUAAUCCAUCCACCUGACAGGUGUGGCAUAUCAAGAAGCUGAUUAAACUGCAUGAUCAUUACACAGGUGCACCUUGUGCUCAGGACAAAAGGCCACUCUAAAAUGUGCAGUUUUGUCACAUAACACAAUGCCACAGAUGUCUCAUGUUUUGAGGGAGCAUGCAAUUGGCAUGCUGACUGCAGGAAUGUCCACCAGAGUUGUUGCCAGAGAAUUUUAUGUUAAUUUCUCUACCGUAAGCCGCCUCCAACGUAGUUUUAAAGAAUUUGGCAGUACGUUCGACCAGCCUCACAACCGCAGACCGAGUGUAACGACGCCAGCCCAGAAAUUCCACAUCCGGCUUCUUCACCUGCGUGAUCGUCUGAGACCAGUCACCCGGACAGCUGAUGAGACUGAGGAGUAUUUGUGCCUGUAAUAAAGCCCUUUUGUGGAGAAAAACUCAUUCUGAUUGGCAGGUCAUGGCUCCCCAGUGGGUGGGCCUGGCUCUCAAGUGGGUGGGCCUAUGCCCUCCCAGGCCCACCCAUGGCUGCGCCCCUGCCCAGUCAUGUGAAAUCUAUAGAUUAGGCCCUAAUGAAUUGAUUUCAAUUGACUGAUUUCCUUAUAUGAGCUGUAACUCAGUAAAGUCGUUGAAAUUGUUGCAUGUUGCGUUUAUAUUAUUGUUCAGUAUAUUUGCCUUGCCAGUGGUAAUUCUACCAAUUUUGAAGGGCUGUUGCAGUCUCAUAUUUACGGUAAUAAAUAUUGACGUCACGAAUUGAACGGAAGUGCGAUUGAAAUUGCGCACGCAUCUCCUACUUCACACAUUGUUGCCAUUUAUCAACAUUACGGAUUGCUUUUGCACGUUAGUUUGUAAAUUGUAGACUAUUGACUUCAAACAGAGAGUACAAAUCUGUCAUUUGGGUUUGACAAGAUGGCCAGCUGCAGUUUUCAGUCGCAGUUGGUAUCCAUUAUGGAGGUAUUAGCUAAAGCAGCUGUAGCAGAAAUAAACAAACGUGUAGAUGAUAGCUGUGCCAUUAUACGUUUGGAAAUGACCCAAAGCCAACGAGAUAUUGAUGUACUGAAAAGGAAGUGUCGAAUGAUGGAGAGCGAGCUGAAGAAGACACAAGGACUAGACAGGAGAAAAGGUAGUAAUUUGAGUGCAUGAACAACUGAAGAAAAUCCCAAAUGUGGGAAUAACCCUAAUAUUUGACUGAAUACAAUUAUUUUCCAGUUUUUUACCCCAUGUCAACAGAGAGAUUGUCAUAUCCAGUCAAGAUUGUUUUGAACAAGGAAAGGAGUAGCUCACAGUGGAGAGGCAGAGAUGACUCUCAGUGCCAGGUGUGAUACAUCACCUUUUACGAUUACAGAAACCAGACCAGUUGGAUCAUUUCUGUUAUUGGAAUAUCAGCAUAAUUUAUCGCUUUUGUGUGAUUCAUGAGUAUGAAAAGCAUUAGACAUGGUGUGUCCAGAGUAAUAACCUCAGUCCCCUGUUACAGCCUACAGAUGUGGAGCAGAGAGUGGAGACUGAACCCAUACUGAUCAAAGAUGAGGAGACAGCAGAGGACGUGUGGAAGACUGACCCUCAGGAAGAGCUCAGGGUCACUGGAGAGGGUGGGUUCAACCAUAAGGGGUACUGCUCUGUCUGUCUAUGGAAGACUGUGUGGGUGUGGUGGUAUGCACGUCCCAAAUUGCUACAUUGGUGUUGGGUGUUUUAUGUUCUGGCAUAUGGAGCACACGUACACACACAGUCAGUUCUAAAGCAGUCAUGUUUUCCAACUGUUAAGGGUCUUUUGUAAUGUUUAUUUUAUGUUUAUCCCCAAAUCUUUAGAGUCUGGUUCCAAGCCUGAGCAACCACUAUCUUUUGAGCAACGGCACUGUAAUGAAGACUUCAUCACACAACCCAACAUAUCUCCUGAAGACUCAGUGAAACGUUACCUCAAUUCUGAUAUUCCAGAGGAACCAGGCACACCCCGGCUCAUGUCUACAGAGAUCUCAGAGGUGUUCAGCACAGAGCAGCACCGGUCAGCCGAGGACAAGGACUCACUAGACCUAGUGAUGGUAAAGGAUGAGAAAGAGGAGGCGCUGGAUCAGACCACAGCCCUGGCAGGACCUGACCAGUUUGUUAUGGAUGAGACUGAUGGGCAGCUGUGGACCUCUGUGGAUCCAGGCAGAGACACUGACCCUGAUGGCCACCCAGAUUUCUCCUUUCAUGCAACAGAAGAGUACUCUCAGAAUAUCUCAAUUUUCCCAUCUCAUAGUGGACUGCCAUCCGUUCCUACUAUGACAGAUGAUGUAGGGCCAUCGCUUCACUCUUCUAUAGUGAAACCACAUGCUAACAUGUUCAGUGCAACAGCACACAUGAAAAGACAUGUCAGGACAUUGGCUGAUGAGACUAGACAACAGAUGCCAGAGGGAGAGAGCAGUGAGAGGCUGAACUCAAAUAAUGAAGGAAAUAGUUCAGCUCUACAGCCAAGGCAGCAUCAAUACGGGGCUUCAGAAUCAACAGUGAGAUUGAGUGAGUGCAUGACAGGGUCAAACAUGGCCUCCACCUUCUCUGGAUACAGCCUGAGUCGCAGUAGUUUUAACAUGGUGAAGAGAAUGAGGACUCAGUGGAGGUCGGGCGGCACCACCGAGAGGCGUUUCAGCUGCACCUUCUGUGAGAAGAGCUUCCCACGUUUCUGGCAGCUCAAAGAACACCUCCGGAGUCACACCGGAGAGAAACCGUACACCUGCGAACAGUGUGGCAGGAGUUUCACCAAGCAGUGCAACUUGAUCCGACAUGCUGUGGUCCACAGCGGGGAGAAGCCAUAUGAGUGCACACAGUGUGGGAAAUGCUUUACCCAGCGUUCCGGUAUGAAGUCACAUCAGAUAACUCACAUAGGAGAGAGUCCAGUGUCUCAGUACGUGGUACCCACAUACCCUGGGGAUCCACACACACGUUUAGUGUAGUCUCAGACCAGAUGGAACAAAUAGUUCAUAAUUACAUAGUUUUUUCUGAAACACUUUUUAUGUGACAAUGUGGUACAGAAUGUUUUUUGAGACAUUUUGACAAGCUUUUCCUCCCAAUUGAUUUGUGAAAUGGUUUUCAUGUUUGAUUGUUAACGGAUCCUCACUUUUAUUUUAAUAACCUAUUUAUUUACAGCUGGUAACAUUGUGUAUUUAUACCACAAAAUCAUAAAAAACAUGUUAUAGUCAAUAAAAUUGAUUUAAUGAAAGAGUCAAUCUGUGCUUUUAGAUCAAUAAUAUAUAGGAUCCAUUUAGUAUGUAUUGUCUAGUUAGUGUUUGACUAUCUGGGAUGUCACUUCUUGCCACAAGGGACAGUCAUAUCAGGUCAGGUUAAGAACUCAAUUCAACUUGAUUUUCCAAGUUAGAUUUAGAAGUUACUCUGCUGCCUUAAAAUAUUAAGUUACUGUAUAUCUUCUCAAAACUAGGCAAUAAAAUAUUUGUUUCAGUGUUAUAGACUAUACAUGUUUAUACUUUACAUUUUGCGUUGUCUAAACUGACCGCUGGUACCGUAUAAAACUGGUCAUCUGAAUCAAAGAUCAUUAGUUAAGAGAAAUAGAUUGAUAUGAUUGGUAGUUUGAAGGAUGUACUGGUUCAUUGAUUUGCCAAUCAACAGAGGCGGAGGUAA